AGACGCUGGAACUCAGCCCUCUCGUAAAAAAGUUAAUAAAUUAAUGUUUAAGUGAAGAAAAGUCAAUCAAUACUUUUUUAAGGUUACUCAUAAACUACUCUGGAUUGUUUUAAGCUAAGCCUCAUAAACAGAGGAUGAAGAAAACUACUUCCGCGAAGACCGCUCAAGUUGGAACAGAAUCAAGGCCUAUUUCUACCGAAGAACCACGGACUCAGGUACAACACACCACCGGUGAAACAGAAAAGGAGACCGCGGCAGCAUCGGCCAUUUCUAAAGGAAAAGAUCAACGAGAACUGCGCAAGCGUAAAGGAACGAGCAUGCGCAAACGAGUGCAACCAGAACUACAAAACCCAGCAACGACUGAAACUGACAGUGAAAGUGAGUCUGAGAGAGAGUCGGACUCUCUGGAAAAAUCAGACGAAGAUGGAGAAGAAGAAGAAGAUGAAAGUUCCUCUGAAAACACAAAAAAGACUUUGAGGCAAAUAAUGCAUAAAUUAGAAAAAUUAAAUGCAUUAAAAGUAAUUAAAGAAAAAAUAACAAAAAUGGAGGCUAUGUUUGAUAAAAUGACAAAGAAACAGGAAAAAAUGGAAAAGAAAAUUACAGAUUUGGAAGUCAAAGUGGAAGAAAUGGAUGGAAGAAUGAAGAAGAUGGAAGAUGAUAAUGAUGCCUGGACAUCAGAAAGAAAACAACUCGUGGGAAAAAUUGAUUUGCAAGCUACAAAUAAUGUGGAAAUGCUCUUCUUCCCAUCAUUUCAGAAUCUCAAGAAUGGCAACUGUGAAGAAAAGACAAAAAAAAAAUCCCAGUCGUUGGUAGGCAAUGGGAACAACACACUUGAGCUUUUGAAGCAGAAUACAUGGAUGUGUCCAAUGAGUACGCAACACAGAUUCAUAACUGGGCAAUGCCUCUGGAAUGUUGACUGAAUAUUAGCUGAUGAGUAAGUUCUCUGCCAUCUUCAUCAACACUGAAGAAAUACUGAGGACUUCGAGUGCAGUGAGUCUGGAAGACUUUGAGUGACCUGUGCUGGUACUGAAAAGCAAAUCAGCCAGUCUGGGUUUCUAGCAGCAACAAGAGAAAUAACACAAAGGAGCCACCCACAUAACAUGG